AUGUCUGUUAGAAGUCUGAAGGUCGAUUGGAAGUACUUCGCUCCUCAGAACCAAUGGCGUGCUCAUCUGCAGAAUUCCCAACAACAGUCUCAACAAGCGGAAGCGACUCAAUCCGAGCAAACUCAAGUAAAUCCAAGCCAGUCUCAAUCUCCAUUACUCCAAGUCGGCGAGGAUUACCAUAGAGCUUAUUCUCAACCUGAGAUCCAACCGGAAACGCAGCAGAUUUCUAAUCAGAUACAAUACGGAAGAUAUGUUCAGCCGCAGCAAUUCGAGGAGCAGAACCCCGAUCAGUUUCAGUACAAAGUAUACCCAGCACCUCAAGCCGAGCAGCAACCACAGCAAAAUCAACAAAAUCAGGAUACUAGGUUCACAGACGCUACCACUCACGCUAAACGAAUUUUGGAGAGUUACAAGACGCAAGGCACUUACAGCGAGCCGAGGGCUGAACUGUAUCAAUCGGAUUUCGUGACAGCCCAACAGUACGAUCAGCAACCUAGGAAUCACGGUUACCAGCAAUCUUCUAGUGGCUACGAGCAAUCGGAGCAAUCUAAGUCCAGACGAGAUUACACGAACAGAAGAUCCCAGGGUAGGAUUGUAUACAAGGAUGAUUAUGAGCAGCAGCAACAACAACUACGAAAUGACUACGAACAACAGCAGCAGCAGCAGCAGCAACAAAACGAGUACGAACAACAGCAGCAGCAAGGGACACAAGUGGAGCAUAUACCUGUGCCUAUUGAGAGACUACCAGCACCCUCUCCUCAGAAAUUAAUUCUUGAUCAGAGUAUGCCUAAAGAGAUUCAGCAAUUGCUGCAUUACCAGGCAAGGUUGCCUUACGAUGUAAUUGCGAACAGCAUUAGUUACAAACCGAAGACUCUGUUUGUACCAAAGCAGAUCUCCGCUGAGGCCGAGGUUAAGGAACCGUAUCAGUAUCGCAGCAAAAUUUAUUAUGUGAAUCAUGGUCGAUACGAAGACGAUUUCGAGAUCACCAAGCCUGUUGAAGAGAAUCAGAGGCAUUGA